ACGGCCUUGUCGAUCCUUUGUCAUUGUUGGCGAGUGCGAUCCGAGUGAGUCAGUCGGCGGGCGGCCCCGGACCCAGGGACACACAGACACACGGAGAGAGUGAGCGAGCAGACCGAGCCUACAGCACGGGAGUGAACAGGAACUAACAAUGGGUGAAUACGUUGAGAAACAUGACACGUGUGGCACCAUCUGCCUCAAGUACCUGCUGUUCAUCUUCAACUUCUUCUUCUGGCUGGCUGGUGGUGUGGUGAUGGCGGUUGGGAUCUGGACCCUGGUUGAGAAGAGUGACUAUAUCAGCCUGCUGUCCUCCAGUACCUACGCUGCAACUGCCUACAUCCUGGUGGUGGCUGGGGUUAUCGUCAUGCUGACUGGGAUCCUCGGCUGCUGUGCAACCUUUAAGGAGAGGAGGAGCCUACUGAGAGUGUAUUUUUGCUUGCUGCUCUUUAUCUUUGUUCUGGAGAUCCUGGCAGGAAUUCUGGCCUACGUUUACUACCAACAGCUGAGUGAUGAUCUGAAGACCAAUCUGCGAGUGACAAUGAUCGAGAAGUACAGGAUGCCAGACCAGCUCCAUAUCACCAAGGCAGUUGACAAACUGCAGCAAGAAUUCCGGUGCUGUGGCAGUAACAACUCGAGGGAUUGGCGGGAGAGCCGCUGGGUGACCUCAGGGCAGUCCGGGGAUCGCAUUGUACCCGACAGCUGCUGCAAGACCAUGACGGUGGGGUGUGGGAAACGAGACCACCCAUCCAACAUCUACCGGGUGGAGGGAGGCUGUAUCACCAAACUGGAGGGCUUCAUCAUGGCCCACUUGAAGAUUAUCGGAGCAGUGGGAAUAGGAAUCGCCUGUGUCCAGAUCUUCGGAAUGAUUUUCACCUGCUGCCUGUACAGGAACCUGAAAGCGGACACUCCCUAUUAGAGCUGGGACUUACCGACAGCUUCCUGUCAGCAUUCCCAUCUCACCAUUCCUGUUCCUCUGCUCCCCAACACGAUGUGACACCAGAGGCCUUAGAAAGACCCUCACCCUGCAGCCCCACUGUCUCCACCCCUCCCCCAGCACGGGACGUUCCCCCCCCAUUCCGCAGCCCCACUGCCCCUCUCUGGGAUAUUCCCCCUAUCUACUCCCAGCAUUACUCCAUGCCCUGUGUUGAGCUCUGACACUGUGUCCCUCAGUAGCGACCAUGUACAAACACCAUUGGGGCAUGUCACCAUGGAGACGGUGGGCCUUUCGAUAGCUGACGUCCUGGCGGAGCCCCCCGCUGGUUGUACAUUAUAACGUCACAGGAAAGUGAAUCUGCCCCUCUGUCUCUCACCUCCCAUGCUCUCUGAGGGGAAUGAGAAGGGGAGAAAGGGAAGAAUGCAGUGGGGGGGGGGAGGGAGGGAGAGAGAGAGAGAUUAGCUGCUGGGUAUAUACCAUGUCACACCCUCACACCCCUCUGUCAGGUACGGGUAGCAGCAUUCAUGCCAAUGAGGAUGCCCAUUCUCCUUGGGUCACUUUGGCCUGAUUUCACAGACCCCUGACACCCACAUCCCCCACCUCCCCCACCAACCCAGGCCUCGACACCCGUCUACCCCUGCCCAUUCCCCUGCCCCAGUGUCCCCCUCACUCUCUGCUCCCUCCCUCCAGACACAGAGACCCCCCUUCCCCUCCCCCUGGGUACAGGCACCUCUGUCCCCUUCUAGGGAUAGAUAACACCCCAGGUACUGACACCCCACCUCCUCUACCUGGGCACAGACGCUCCUCCUCCCCCGCCCCCCCCCCCCUCUCCUGGGCCUACCACCCCCUCCCCCUUCCCCUCCCCCUGGGAGACUGAGCUGUAGGGCCUCUUCCCCCUGACCCCCACCCCCACCCCCACCCCCCCACCAAGCCACCUGAUUGGUCCACACCCUGUCCAGGACGGUGGGGCCACAUCGACACUCCCCGCACCCCCGAUGUGAGAGGGAGGACGAUGAACGUGUAUUGCUCAGGAGUCCUGGCCUUCUCGAGGUGAACACAGUCCCAAGUUACUGGUCAGCGCUUGGGCCCACUCAAUGUCACCACACUCUGCAGGGAGGGAGGGGAACAUGGUGGGACAGACCAUUAACAAAACAUUUAACAUUUAAAAUGGUGAUAUAAACUCUGCUGGCUCUGUGCCUGUCUCGAUUGUGUACGGACAAGUGAUGUGCCAGUCUGUGUGUGUUUAAGGUGCUGUGGAGCAGAGUGUGUACCCAGGAUCUCUGGGGGUCUCUGCUCCUUUCCUCUAACCUUCUGUUAUAUUGUCUAGCUGUCGCUGAUCACAGUCAGGGAGUUCUACCACGCUGUAUUUUUAUAUUUACUGUAGAAAUAAAACCAGUCUAACACCA